AUGCACAUCCACGAGCUCAAGCAGGAGAAUGAGCUCCUCCCGCGCGAGGUCGAGGAGCUCCGGCGUUGGCUCGAGGUCAAGAAACUUGGGCAGUGGCAGCACGGACUCCACUACCCGCUCGGGUGCGGCGGCGACAUCGCGGACAUGGCGAACACGGCCGUCAACCUCGUCUCCCCCACUGCGUGCCAUGUCUUUGAUCAGGUCUUCGCUGUCGACGGCGCCAUCCCGUCGAUCACAAUCCAUGUUCGCCUCGCGUGGAAUAUCACCGGCACGUUCCCGUACGACGAAAAGGCCCCGCACGCGCUCUACAGCACCGAGUCACAACAGCCUCGACCCGCAGGCUAG